AUUAGUAUACCUGUGGUCUCAGUGACACUUUUGAAGAAAACCAAAACUGCCCUUCUUGUGCCAAAUGCGCUGAUCAUAGCGACAGUCACAGACAGGUACAUGUUUGUCUCCUUACUCUCCAGAGAUACCACCUACAAGCUAUUAAAAUCUAUCUGUAGACAUCUUGAGGAUACAAGCAUGGGCAACAGUCCAAAUCCCUCUUCUGCAGAAAACAGCUUCAGGGCUGAUCGCCCUACAACUCUGCCCUUGGAUUUCAAUGAAGACUAUUCUGAUCUGGAUGGAAUAGUGCAGCAGCAGAGACAAGAGAUGGAAGAGUCCAGCAGCACAGGCUCACAAACCCCAGAGCUGGAAUGCUUCCAAGAUUAUCAUGUCGUUGAGACACAGACUCACUUGAAAGUUUCCAAGACUGAGGCAAAAUCUGUCCGUUCAGAUGCACAUGGUAAACGUGGACCUGAUGGAAAAGCCCGAAACAGUCCUCGAAAUGGCCGCUCUGAAGGCUUCAGGUUCUUCCACAAAGUGAAAUCGCAGAGGCUUUUAUCUCUGAACCAUGUACUGAUAUUUUACGCAGUUCUUGUUUGUGUAUUAAUAUUUUCUACUUUCUACAUGAGAUACAAAAUAAGUGUCCUGGAGGAACGUCUUAUUUCCAUCACAUCCUUUGAUUCACAUAUUAAGGAACAUCCAGUGCGCCAAGGUUUGGGAUCUCAUCUGCAAAUUAAUGCUGAUGCCCUUUGUGAUGAGUUAACUGCUAAUCUUAUAAAAUUGGAAAAGAACAACUUACAAAAACUACUUGAAGAUGGUGAAUGAAACAUUGAUGUUCUUGGACUGCUUCAGACCUCAUUCUUCUCUUGACAAA